CCCAAAAAGUUAUGCUCCGUAACCGACAAUAACAGCAACGUUGCUCUUGUAUUCAUUGUUUCACCGUUCACUUUCUUCACGGCGCUCUGAUCUUUUUCUCCCUGGUCCACCGUAGUCGUUGCCCCAGUUCAUUACCUGCCCCAAGAUAACGAACUGCCCUGAAAGCAUCUUAAUAGUAUUUGGUUAUAUGGUUACCAUGACAACUCAGCAUUGGGGUGAGUUUGAAUCAAGCACACAGCAUGUGGAAGGACUGCGCCCUGAGGAGUUGAGCAAGCUGACCAAGCUGCAGCAGUCCAUUGUUGUCGAGGGACCUAAACUGUUCCAGCCUGCUGAGGUGCCACAGGAGCAUGACACGAGGUCGCAGCAGGCCUUCCGCAUGGACCCGCUGGUGCUGGCCACUAUUCAGCUGGAGAGUCAGAAUGCUGCCAUCAGCCAGGCGGUGGCGCAGGGCACUGCAGUUGAUGAGUCAGCAUUGGUGCCUCUGAGCAUAUCAGACUGCUUGACCAAGCUGGAAGAAACCUUUACCGUCUUCCCGGAAGUAAAGGACAGCCACUUCGCCAGCGGUCGGGGCUCCCCCGUGCCGGAGAUAGCGCCGGAGCUGUGCCGGGACCUGCUGGUGCGCUCCGUCGGCACGCUGGCAGCCCAUGCUGGCUUCCACACCUCGUCGGACCUGGUGCUGGGCGUGCUGGCGGACGCGGCCGGCUCGUUCCUGUCCUCGCUGUGCCGGAUGCUGCGGCAGACUCGUGACAUGGAGGCUGAGCGCGGGUCGCACGGCUUCGUGGAUGCCCUCGAGCGCACCUUCGUGGACUCGGGCGCGGGCAGUCUGCGCCAUCUCGUGAGCUACUACGCCACUAGCGUCGUCGAGCGGCUCCGCCAGGUGCGCGACACCAACUAUCAGCUGCGGGCCGAGUACGAUCAGCUGGCGUCGGAUCGUGAGAGCGUCGAGAACAUCACUCUGGACGACAGCCUGCUGGUGGACAUUCUGGCCGAGACAGCCGACCGGCCUGCCCUCUGUCGGGCCCGGGGGAACUAUCGACAUGUCGGCGUACCCCAACAUGAGCUUCGAGUCGGCCGAUGACUUGGCAGGGAUGAACUCCUCGCUCGACUCGGAGGAGAUUGUCGUGCAGUCCUCGCCUCUCGCGGAGGUGACCAGUCCACCGAACAAGAAGGUCCGCCUGUAGCCCGCCGCCGGCCGAACAGCCUGGAGCUUCUUGAACGGAAGCUCACUCUCGAGGACCCUGGCACGGGCGUGGCCCUGCCACACCAGGCGGCCGCUGACCCUGCUCAGCUACCCCAACUAGACACAGGAGUGGCCAAGCCAACACCUCUGGAUGCAGACGUGGCCCUUCCACCGCAUCCGACCGCAGACGCGUCGGUCAAACAACCAUACCACGGCGUGGAUGCGUCCCCAGCACACCUGGACGUGGCUGUGGCCCCGCCGUCACUGCUGGAGGCGGCCGCAGCCCCG